AUGAUGACACCAGAGGCAUGGUCAUUACUUUUAUUGCUUAACAAUAUCUUACUGAACGUUGAGGGAUGGCCGACUAAAGAAGGAAAUGGUCCAAAACAUUAUCCACCGUUGGUGCGUUUACGACAUAAGCAAGAUGGAAGUCCAGACAGCGUAAGACUAAAAGUGUACUAUGGGCAGGAUGGUCAUUUUGGACCCUGUGAAAACAAGUACUGUGGGCUUGGCCGGCACUGUGUUGUGAACAAGGAGACAGGCCAGGCAGACUGUGCAUGCUUGGAACGAUGUAAACCCAAUUACAAACCUGUGUGUGGGUCCGAUGGGGAACUUUACGAAAACCACUGUGAGCUUCAUCGUGCUGCUUGCUUGAAGAAACAAAAGAAUUCAGUUGUCCACAAUGAAGACUGCUUUUUCAAAGGGGACAAAUGCAAAUUGAUUGAAUACAGCAAACUGAAAAACAUGCUUCUAGAUCUCCAGAAUCAAAAAUACAUCCGACAACGAAAUAACAAAGAGAAUGAAGACAAAAUGUCUCUCAAAAAGAUGUUGGUAGAUAACAUGUUUAAAUAUUUUGAUUCAAACGAAGAUGGGUUUGUUGACAGCAAUGAAUUGGCUCAGGUAAUUAAACAGGAUAGACUUGGAAAGGAUCUCUCUCAGUGCUCAUUAUUUGAUCUACUGAAAUAUGAUGAUUAUAAUAGCGACAAACACCUAACACAGGAGGAGUUCUACAGAGCAUUUCAGGUGAUUCAACUGAAACUGGCAGAAGGACAGAAAGUGAGCAUCACCUCAGCAACAGCAGGACAAAGUGCAGUCCUAACAUGUUCCAUUCAGGGGAUCCUAAGGCCUCCAAUCAUUUGGAAACGCAACAACAUUAUUCUCAACCAUUUGGAUCUGGAAGAUAUAAGCGAUUUUGGAGAUGAUGGUUCUCUAUAUAUAACCAAGGUUACAACAACUCACAUGGGAAACUAUAGUUGUUAUGCCGAUGGCUAUGAAAAGCUCCAUCAGACUCAUAUCCUGCAAGUAAUUGUUCCUCCAGUUAUUCGGGUGUACCCACAAAGUCAAGCUCGUGAACCAGGGGUGACCGCCAGUCUCAGGUGUCAUGCUGAAGGCAUUCCAAAUCCUUCCAUCAGUUGGUUGAAAAAUGGCAUUGACAUCAUGACAAAACUAUCAAAGCAGCUAACCUUGCAAGCAAAUGGGAGUGGAGUGCACAUUAGUAACGUGCGCUAUGAAGAUACUGGUGCCUACACCUGCAUUGCCAAAAAUGAUGCGGGAGUGGAUGAAGAUAUUUCAUCACUUUUCGUGGAAGAUUCAGCCAGAAAGACACGAUUGGGAGUUGGAAACAUGUUCUAUAUUUUUUAUGAGGAUGGAAUCAAGGUAAUUCAACCAACAGAAUGUGAGAUUCAACGACACAUUAAACCUUCAGAGAAAAUCCUAGGAAAUCAGGGUGAAGUCUGUCCCAAAGCUGAUGAUGAAGCAAUCCAGCGAUGUGUGUGGGCGACUGCAGUGAACGUUAAAGACAAGUACAUCUAUGUGACACAACCGAAGCUGAACAGAGUGCUGAUUGUUGAUAUUCAAUCUCAGAAAGCAGUUCAGAUUGUAAUGACUGAUCCCAUUCCAGUGAAACUUCACUAUGAUAAAUCACAUGAUCAAGUCUGGCUUCUUAGCUGGGGUGAUGAUGAAAAAAGCUCGCCGACAUUGCAAGUAAUUAAUCAAGCCAGUGAGAGUGCAGCCCAUCACACUGUUCAUACCCAACCAGUUGGAAAACAAUUUGACAGGGUAGAUGAUUUUUUCAUUCCAUCUACUACGCUCAUCAUUAAUCACAUCAGGUUUGGAUUUAUUCUUCACAAAGGUGAACCAGCCCUUCACAAAAUUGAUCUUGAAACAAUGACAUAUGUGAAGACCAUCAGUUUGAAAGACUAUAAUUGUGUCCCACAGUCACUCGCUUACACUCAUCUUGGUGGAUAUUAUUUUGUUCAUUGCAGUGCAGGCAUUAGAGGAGCAACUGAACCACAAAUCAUAGUUGACAGUGUCACUGAUUCUGUGAUAGGCUACAAUGGUGAUAUAUCAGGUGUUCCUUAUAUUUCUCCAGACGGACAUUACUUGGUCAGUGUAGAUGGUCAAAGGGGUCUCAUGAGAGUUCAGUACAUCACCAUCCAAGGGGAAAUCCGAGAAUCCUUUGAGAUACGCACCAACCUGCAUAUUUCGGAUACCACAUUUCAGCCUUCUUUCACUGAAGCCAAUCAGUACAAUAUCUUCGCCAGCUCCAGUGUGCAAACCAAUGUGCUCGUUGUGGAGCUCUCCACAGGGAAAGUAAAGAUGGUGAAGAACCUAAAAGAACCCAUGAAGACAGAAGAGUGGCCGUGGAACAGUAAAAACCGAGUGAUUAUGGCCAGUGACUUGUUUGGCCAGUAUCUCAUGACACCUUCAAAAGAAUCUUUGUUUAUUCUGGAUGGAAGGCUUAGUAAAUUAAACUGUGAGAUCACUGAGGUGGAGAAAGGGAACACAAUAAUUUGGGUUGGUGAAGCAUAAAGAUUACUUUUUUAAAGAUUCCUGAUACAGAGUUUUCCAUUGCUCUUAAGCUGCAACUUGGGUGGAAACAACUCAGUUUUAUCCACUCUAUAACAUUCACAAUUAAAUGUAAAACAAAUUUGCAAUUAUGAAGACCAGGAACUUUCAACUGAUAUAGCACGCUAAUGACAUUAAUUGGAAUUUCCUAAUUUCUUAGUGCUGUUACCCAAGAGGUUGCAAAUGUUACCUUAACUUGUACAAGAAGGUAUUUUUUUCUUUAUAGCUACAAAAGGGUUUAGCGACAUAGAAUCUAAAAGCUGCAAGGAAUUAUAAUAAAACCCACUUGUCCAUUUCUGUUUUUGCUUUUAUGACUGACUUUUGCUUAUGGGUUCCAAAAUCAAAAGUUUUCCUCAUUAACCUUUCAAAUUCCCAGAAUUAUUUGUGCCUUGAACAGAUUAAUUCCCAGGAAGAGGGUUAAUUGUUAACCAUUGUGGUUUAACCCAUUUUGGUUGCAUAAUUGUUAGUCACAUGAGGAAAAGCUGCUCAGAACUAAGCAUCUACAAUGCCAAAAUUCAUGUCAUAAGUGGGUCCAAGUAAUUCAUAAUAAUAAUAAUAGUUGUAAAAGUAAUGAGCCUUCAAUAUUAGUUUAUUAUGCAUAGAAAGAAGCAACCAAUCUCUUCCUCAGCAGAAGUACUGAUACUAAACCAGCCUACGUCAAAUUAUUAACUCCUGUUGCACAAUAUUAUAGGACUCAGUCAAUCAACUGUAGAUAAAUAUGGCAAGUUAUGCAGUGCUCCAGUAAAGUCCAUUAAUAUUUUUAGAUUUCCUGAGUUACUCUGGAUUGUCUUCCUAUUCAAUAAGUUAUGUUUUGUGAACAGGACUUUAGACCCAUGAUUAUGGGAUAUAGCAGUUGCUAGGCUCUGUGAAUGUCAGCAUUUAGUUGGGAAAAUAUGGUGUGUAGGAAGAAUCUCUGCUCCUUGACAGCUAAUGGAUAUUUAUUUUGUAGUGACUAAAAUUUUCUCUUGUUUUAACAGUAAUGUUGUGGUCAUCAACAACGUGGCAUAUCUCUUUGGCACACACCUGUCUGUCAAACAUAGAUUGUUCUGUGUAAUAAUUUCUGAAUGUUGUAUAUGUAGAAAUCUACUUGACA